UAAUAACUCAGAAGUCGAGAGUUCGAGCCUCUCCGGGACCACACUUUUUGUUUUCUCCGUAGUAGUAGUAUUCGUACACCCUCGGAGUAUUUGUCCCUCCUUUUUAAUUCUUCCUCUUUUUCCCUUCUUCUUUUUGUACCAGAUAAGUGAGUCUAUACUAUGCUGGGUCGGUGUUGAGUGCGGUGACAUUCUGCCCACCGAUACCUUUUCUUAUCGCUCAUCACCGUCAAAACAUCGAUCAACACUACGGGGAAAUAACAAGAUAUUGAAAAAACCACACAAUGGCUAAUCACCCCCAACACACUCUGUUUAGAUUCUUAAAAUCCGCGAUACAGGCCCAUCGCCGCUUUCUCUCCGGCGCAGUAACACGUGCAGAAGCACCCAUCUACGUCAUCGGUAACCCCUCCGCCGAUCUCGACUCGGUCAUCUCCGCUGUAAUCUAUUCAUACUUCGCGAACAACACCGGCCGUCGCCAUGUUCCCUUGAUAAACCUUCCGACUAUCCCCUCGGGCCCUGAGUUGCGUCGAUUACGGCCCGAGUUUGUCAAAGCUUUAUGGCUCUCUACUCAUCCUCCCGCGCAAGAUGAACAACCAUGGGAUGAAACACCUGAAUCGGCCGGAGCAAUCCUGCAUGAUCACUUCCUCACAGUGGCGGAUUUCAGCGCGCACCUGAAAGAGAUCGUAAAGGACAAUGAAGGCUACCGGAUAAAUGCCGACGCGGUCCUCGUGGACUGGAAUGCGCUCCCGAUCGGCACACCCGACGGACAAAAAGGAAAGGGAAGCCUGGACGGCCUAGAGACGGUCGAUUUCAACGUGAUAGGUUGCAUUGACCACCACCAAGAUGAUGGGUUUCUUCGGCCCGGCAUAGACCUGAAGGUCAUUGAGAAGAGCGGGUCAUGCGCGUCGCUUGUUACACAAACGCUGAACAAGCGGGGACUAUGGUUGCAGGAUGCAGCAGCAGCCAACAACCUUCAAAUGGCAGCCGAGGAGCAAAUAGCCUCGCUAGCUAUGACGCCCACCCUCAUAGACACGGCCAAUCUCACAGCAAAGGACAAAGUAACCCAAUUCGAUCUCCAGGCUGUGGAUUUCUUGUCCCCUAAGCUCAGCAAGGGAACAGCCGACGAAGACAAGCUCUACGCGCAAGUCCUCGAGGCAAAACAGAAUAGUUUGGAUCUUUUGACGGUCGACGAGAUCUUAGAUCGCGAUUACAAACAAUGGACCGAGACGUCUCCUCGCGAACCAGAGAAGCUCCUUAAUAUCGGUUUCUGCUCCAUGGUCAAGUCAAUUUCGUGGGUUGUUCGUAAAGCAGAAUCCCCACAGGCCUUUCUGCAAGCAGUGUAUAAAUUCGCCGCGAAACGGGAAUUGGGCAUCGUCGUUGUUAUGGCGGCGUUUAGUUCGAAUGAUGACCGUUUUCACCGGGAGCUCUUCGUUUGUGCGCUUGAUGAGAGUCUUGCGGUUGAUGCGCUGAAGAACUUCGUCGAGCAGUCAGGCUCAAAAUUGGGGCUUGAGGAGUGGUCUCCUCUUGAUGGUGAUGAGGAGGUUUUGUCCAAGGUUAUUAAGGACACACUUAAUAGCGACGAUACGCAUAAAUGGAGGCACAUUUGGAAACCAGCGGAUAUCACGAAGAGUAGGAAGCAGGUUGCUCCGAUGAUGAGGGAAGCCAUCACCACUUUGGAAUAGAUAGCUGGCUGGGUAGAUAGAGAGACAUGCUAUUCGUAGAAAGUACAUUAUCAUUCUUCCUCAUUGGCACUAUCCGAGUUACAAA